AUGGGUAAAGCCCCGAAACCUCCUGCGCUGCCGCAAGAGGUGAUCCAGAUUUUUGAGGAGAGUGAACCGAACCAGUGGCAGAAAUGCGGAUGGGAUUUGGAUAUUCUGGAGAACAAGCCGACCACCAAUAUUAUCGUUUUGGCGACCGGCCGAUUCCAUGAGCUGCCCGAUUAUAAGCGGUACAAGUUCCGAUUCCAGGAAGAGUUCUGGCAGGUGAUGGACGGGGACAUCAACGGGUCCUUCCACUGCGAGUAUGCGGUCACCGACGGCCGCGUCUCACCGAAAGUAUCGUGGUCAUGCUUCAAGAUCAAGCAGGUUGAAACCGCGGACCAAUACGACUGGAUCCAGCCGACCGUCCACGUUGACUGGGAUCCAGCGACGGGUCGGCAGGUCGUUUACAUCUUUGGCCUGCCAUCGAAAGUGCACCGUAUCUUCCUCAAGAAGAUCCCCAGCCCCGACGAUCGGCAACGAAAUCCGUUCUGCUGGCACGCUGCCUUUGCGAGGCUUGUUCUCGAGCUGUACGACACGGCGUUCUGGAUGUUGAGGGAUCUGGUGCGCGGGCAUGAGAAGGCCCGAUCCGACGAGAGGCACAAACCAAAGGACUUCCCGCUCCUCCACGACAUCGCACGGCACCUAUUCCAUUACAACGAGACGAUCGAGGUCGCAGAACACACAUUGAGGUCGCUGACAGAAGAGCAGAUGCACUGGCGGAGGGAAGACAGCGAGUCUGUGCAGCGGAAUCUCGAUACCUGGAUCAAGACUCUUCAGGAUAUAAAGCGAGAGGAGAAGCGAGCGCACUCACUGAAGACGCGGUCGAAAUCGCUGAACGAUAGGCAUCAGAAUGAGAUCAACCUGGCAUUCAACCUCGUCUCGCAAAGCUUCGGUCGCGACGCGCGGACGGACAGUAACAUGAUGAAGACCGUCGCGGUGGUGAGUAUGGUCUAUCUGCCAGGGACGUUUGUGUCUGGGCUCUUCGGCACAAACUUCUUCAGCUUCCAGGCCGACCCGCCGAAUACAUGGAUCACGUCGGACAAGUUCUGGAUUUACUGGCUUGUCACGAUACCACUGACGCUGCUCACGGUGCUUGUCUGGGCCAUUUGGCACUGGCGGGAGGUAUACCCGCGGUGGUACAAGAGGGCGAUUCAUGGCAAGCCGAAACCUUCGGAUGAUGAAGAUGUUGCGAAGGAGUCGCACGGUGCGAAUAAUCAGUUCAGGGAGAAAACGGAGUCGUUCUUGAGUAUGCAGAGAGUCGCAACGGCCCUCGGGCUCAGGCCGGUACAGCGGCAGGAGACGGUGUAA